AUGGCGCCCAAGUCGGAUACUAAGAAGGGCCCGAAGCCAACAAAGCCGAGUGCGAAGGCAAAUAAUGCUGCAAAAGCCACGCUCAAGGGUGUACACAGCAAGAAAGCCAGAAAAGUCCGCCUCUCUACCACAUUUCACCGACCGAAGACCCUCGUUCUUUCACGAUCACCAAAAUACCCACGCAAAUCAAUCCCCCAUGAACCACGACUCGAUGCCCACAAGGUGAUCAUCCACCCCCUCAACACGGAGAGCGCCAUGAAGAAGAUUGAGGAGAAUAACACUUUGGUGUUUAUUGUGGAUGUAAAGGCGAACAAAAGACAGAUCAAGGAGGCUCUGAAGAAGUUGUAUGACGUGGAAACGGUCAAAAUCAACACACUCAUUAGACCGGACGGAUCGAAGAAGGCUUAUGCACGGUUGACAGCCGAUGUGGAUGCGCUCGAUAUAGCGGCUACCAAACUGUCGAUUGUUUAA